CACACCACACGCCUCCCCUUGCACAGUGAAUCUCGUCGCCGGCAAACUCGACCGACCUCUUCACGCCGGCUAACGUCGCCGCUCUCGUUUCCCGCCAGCAGUCGAUCUUACGCGAUCGUUACAGUUGUUCCAAAGUUAUAUGGCGUGUUGGGGAUGUAGGUUUUAGUUGUUAUAUAUUUUUAUGGUAUGAGAGUGUGUUAUAAGUGAGAUGCGGUCGAGUGAGCGCGGCAGGCGAGCAUGGGCGGGCGCGUUGCCGGCUGCGUAAGCGCAGGGAGAUGGAUUGCUGUAACUACGGGCAGUACGGCGGCGCGGCCGCAGGCUGGGAGGGUUACGGAUACCCGCCGAUGCCGUACGGCCCCUACCAUUACUACUCGCCGCACGCGCACGACUACACGCGUUACUACCGAUAUGACUACGCGCAUCACAUGCACCACAAUGAACAUGCCAUGCCUAUGGAUUACGGCGCAUACGCUGUCAAGGAAGCUCGAUCCCGACGUUCUUUAUCACGAAGGGAGCUGCGUGCACUGCCUCCUACACACUUACCUCUUCCGCACACGCCACCUCUAGAAUGUGGACUAACUGGGCGAGGUCCUGCCUAUUGCGAACCACAGAUGUGGUCUCCAUAUCAGAUGGGAAUGAUGAGUGGCAGAGGUUGGAGUGGGGCCAAUACAAUAAAUGGGUCGUGGUCUACGCGAAGCAUGUGUUUGCGGGAGCCCGUACGUUACACGUCUGAUUGUCGCUUAAUGAAGGGUUCUAAUGUUCAUCAAAUACAAAAUCAAAUGGUUCCUCAGGAAGGAAGGUCGACUCCCUAUCCAGUAUAUGAUGAAUCUCAUUAUAACGGAGAUAAUGGUGUCAAGCAAAAUAGUUGUCACGAUUUCAACGGAAGAGUCAUCCCUCUUCCAGAACCGAGUCAUCCUUUACGUGAAUCUUUUAUUCCUGAACAGCGGCGUUUACCUCCUGAAGAAAAGCGGCCUCCAGUAGUACCGUUACCCGCCUUCCAACAAGCCUUUGGAUCGACGGAGAUAGGUAAAUUUGCCGAGGCCUUCAGUCGCGCUGAGGUGGUUCACGAUGCAGAGGAUUCAUCUGAUAACUUUGUAUUUGAGUCUUUUCACGACUGGGAAGGCAUUUCCGAAGAGCAAUGGACCUCGCAGCCUACACCAAAGGAAAUAAAAUGUGAAGACAACUUUUGAGGAAGGUUCUUCACCUUAGUGCUAAUUUGAGGCGAUUCGCCUUGUAGGUAAUUAUAUAAAUUUUAGUUCCACCACCAUGUUGCCAAAAUGAGUAGCUCGGUGUCGAAAAUAUUUCGAUAUCAUAGAAUUAGGAUGUGAUACCAAAUUUUUAACUGUACGAGUCGAGUACUGAAGGAGUGGUGUGACCUUUAAUUCAUAUACAUAUGAUAUAAUAUUAUAUAAUAGAUAUUCCCUUUGACUAGUUUUAGAAAAACCUUGAAAGUCAAAGAUUAACUUUUAGAGUGUGAUGAGGAAAUUUAGGUAGAUAUGGCAAAGAAUAGAAAAAUGAUCUGAAUCACGAUUAAAUGUGCCUUUAACUGGAGAGGCCGGCCGCUGUACGCGCGGCGUCCCCACCGCCCCGUCUCGCUAUGGAUAUAUUAAUAUCAUUAUUACAAUAGCAAUUUAGGGACCAACUUUAGACAAAUAUACACGACCCUGUCGCGUACACGACCUUCGCGCAAUAAGCUCAACGAAUCGAAAUUGAAAAUUCUGUAAAAGCGUUUAAAGUAUUUAUAGAUAGUCUAAUAAACCUUUUGACUUGUUUCAUGUCGACUUUGAGUAUUUGAUCUUAGUGUCAAUUGGUUCGUAGUAGUUUGUCAGUAUAAACGGUAGUCAGGUAUAAUUUUCGUCUUCUUAUUAUCAAGCAUUUCAUUAUAAAUACUACUAAAUUAUUAUAGAUUAAGUAGAGCAAUGUUUAGUAAAGAUGAUAAUAGUAAAUCAUUUUGUUUUAGAUGAAAUGCUGAUAAGAUUAUUUUUAAAAAAAGGUAACGUUUAAUAUUAAUGUAAUGUUUAAAUGGGGUAAUAAAGGCGCCGCGCGGUCACAUUUCAAAUUAAUACAGAAUUAUGAAAGACGUGUAAGUAUAUUAGGUAGUUAAAUUUAUAAAGAGAUUAAUAACUUAUGAGUAAGACAGCUUUUUUGAGAAAUGUGCAAGGGUCCAAUCAAAAUGAAUAAUGCGUGAUUUUGAUGUCUACAAAUUACAACUUAAACUUCUAAAUAUUUCAUUGCAUUUACUUAAUGCGAAGUGUCUCUUGUAAGUUUCGUGUGAAAUUAUCUAUAUUGGACCUAAUUUCAAAAUAAGACAACUAAUUGAUUAAUAUUUGCCAAAACCGAUCUCGUCAUAUUUUAUAUUAGUUGUAGUUUUGCUAUUCAUUGUGCAAUGUCUUAUCGAUUGCGAGAAGCAUUUUUUUUUUCACAGAUUAUACCAGCAAUUAACACACAUUAUACUGUCAUUCUUAAUUUUGCAAAUGUUUAUGUGAUAACAUCUGGCGGAUACAUUGUAAAGGUCAAAAAUAAAUGAGUUUUAUAAAUUCGUAGUCUAAUUACAGUUAAAUACAUAGAAAUCUUAAAAGCCAGUAACAAAGUAGCAAUGUAUAUUAUGUUCGCAUUCAGGCGUAUCUCAAGUAUAUAUGUUUCGUGUGUUUUUCAUCAACUUACUCAUAGCAAAUUAUUAUAUAUCUAACAUGUAACUUCCAUGGGUCUUCGUUGAUAUAAAGAUUAUUUGAAUGUCUGUGAGUGUCUGUAUCUUAACCUCUUUCGACAAAUCAGCAAAAUUAAUGGAGUGCCUUAUGUAAUUAAUAUAUGAAAUUAGGAUGAAGAAUUGUAUUCUAGUCUAAUUUGAAGAAACACCACAUAGUUAAUAGUAUAAUGAAUCCUCUUUGAAGCCGAGAAUUUCAUUAUUGAGUAGAUGUGAUAAUAUACUUAUUUAAAGUUAUUUAACAUAUACACAUAGCGUGCGAGUUAUAAAAAUAUAUUGUUCAGUCGAGAUGUGCGCUAAAAUAAAUACAAUAGACAUAUACAAAUGAAUUUGUUAUCUAUAUAUUAAUAGUAAGAGUUUCAUUUGUGUGAAUAUUUAUAGUAUUGAGAUUUACUCUUUCGUUUAUAUUUUAUUAUAUUAUUUAACCUGUUGUUUUGUAAUGCGUAACAAGUGUUAUACUAAUAAUUAGUUGAUGAUACGUUACUAAUAUAUGAAGUAGUUACUUAGAUAUUAGUCAAAAUUGAGGUUUAGUCAAGUUGCCACAAUACUUCUUCGUCAUUACUGUCGGAUGUCGUACCGAGGCCAGCAGGACGUAUUGCAUAUACUUGAUAUGUAUAACAUCAUAUCAUUUGUCAAAAUUGCGCAAAUAAAAGUUUAUUGCAUCCGACUUUAAUGUCAUCAUCUCGAUUCAGCUAUACUUAAAUUUUAGCACCUAAACAAAACUUCUUCUACAAAGUAGUUAAUAUUGCGAGAGUCAAAUGUUUAGUUAUUAUUAAAAAUAGGAAUAAAAAAAAAAUUACUCUUUCCAAAUAUCAUUCCAAAUGCAUUGUCGUCGGUGAUACUAUCUUAUAUUUAGUUACGUUACUUACAUGUAGUCAGUGCCACAUAAUGUAUAUAAGAUAUACAUCUCCUUAGAUAGUCCUAUUGUUAUUUAUUUAAGUUAGGAGUUUAUAAUUUUUACUGUAGAGUUGUACAGAACGUAUUUUAUUAUAUGCUAAGUGUCUCACAUAAUUUAGAGCUUCCGUUUGACUAUCCUACAAUUUUGUCUACCAUCAGAGUUAGUGUCAUAAUACAGUAUAAUUCCAUUAUCAUAUAUGAUUUUAUUGUUUUCUUCGUCGAGUAUCUUGAUUGAAGUGACUUUAAGUUUAGUUAUCGGUGGUCGUGCGGAUUUGUGUCGUGUUUUAACAUUCUAAUUAACAGUACAAAAUGAAAUAUUAGGUACUAUGGUUUACAGUGUUAUUGAGUAGAUUCGUUUCGGGUAGAAUUUUAGUUGGACUUAAAUAGCUACGGGGACUGCAAAAGAUUUUUUUUGAUGUAGUUUUAUUAUUGAACGACAUUUUAUCAUAGAGAAGUGAUAUGUUUCGGUAUUAAUGUAGUUUUUAUUAGUGACAUGUAAAUAUUUUAUUAUGUUUCAAAUAUUUGAUUCAUAUCAAUUUAGAUAAUGUUUUAUUACCAAAUUGUAAGGUUACGAUUACAGAACCAUUGACAAUUUUAAUUUAUUGACGUCGAUGUACAAUUUAAAAUAAACACAUUUUA